ACUAACAGACACGUAAUCGAACCCAAUCUUCACUUUCUCUCCAUCCAAACGCCAGAAAGAAAAUUCAAAACCAAAAAAAUUCAUGUUUACCUGACGGAAAUUUAGUCGCCGAUACAACGUUUUUCCGGUUUUCGACAUUUCCGAUCCUUCCCCCAGAAAGUAGCAGUGCCUUGCGUCAUUUUCUUUCAGUUUCCCUCCCGAUUUCUUGGAAAACGAACCUUUUUUUCCCAAAUCAAAACUAUCCAGUUGUGAGAUACGGUUAAUUUCCUCUGCAAUUAAAUUCAAACUGCGGUUUAGAUAACAGUUUCCGAGUUUAUCCGUUUGCCUCGAUUUUAGCAGAAGGAAGGGAAGACAAUCAUCUCGGUUCCAGAUAGGUUGAGGAUUUUUCCGAUUCUCGUUUUACGUCGUGGAAUUGUGGUUUUUUGCUCUCUCCUUCAAAGAUGAUGAGAAGACAGCAGCAACAGCAGAAUCGAUAUCAAGAUCAGCAAUCUAGAGUGUUGUCCGAGCUAUCAGCUCUGGUUCUCAGCCUGCUGCGACCGCCGACGCCAAUUCCGUUCACCGAUCAGUCACCGGCGCCGUCGCGGAGGCCACCGACGCUGGCGUCUUCAACGACGAAUUCUAUAUCUCCGGCAGGGUUUGCGUGGCUGAUGCUUGGAAUUUCGGUUUCGCUUAUGCUGUGUGGAUCAGUGACGUUCUUUAUAGGUUUCAUGUUGAUGCCGUGGGUUAUUGGUUUGGUGAUGGUUUUUUAUGUGGUCGGGAUUGUUUCUGCCCUCUCAAUGUUAGGUCGCUCCAUUCUUAGUUCCGUCAAGGCACCUUUAUCGCCGAGCAAGGAGAUUCCUGCAUGGAAACUUAUGUGAAGACUUAAGAAAAUUGAGCAGCACUUGCAUCCCUAUAAGAAGUGCUGCCUCGCUCUACACUGUUGGGGGAGAAAUUUUCCAGGAUACUCAAAGUAUUUAUGCAAAGAAUGUGGAUAACUGUUUUGAGGAAACAUUGUGGAUAUAUUGGCAUCUAUUUUUAGUAGAAAUUAGUCAUUUGUGAAAGGAUUAAACUUUCAAGUGCUAGUCUGUAAUAUGAUUUUCCACUUGUAAGAAGAGAUUGGGGAGCUAUGUUUCCUAUUCCUUAUAUUCAACUUCCAUUGAACAAAAUUUUCCUUGUUUUCUGGAUUUAAUUUCAACUCCUAGACAUUACAAGUCCUAUCACCUGUGCUGAAGAAUCUGCAUGCAUUAUAAUACACGAUUGUUAGUUACAGAACAAUGAAUAUGGUCGUCUUUUCUUCCGAUAUCCCCGAUGGCAGGUUCCUUCAUUGAUAAGGUUGGUUGUGCUGUGGCAGAGAGGUGGUUAAGCUGGGGCAGAGGAUGAAGCCAGCCCAGGUAAUUGAUAAAUAUGAAGAGGUAGUUUCCUUUGUUCCUUUCUCUCUCAUUCAGUGUUCGUUAUCAUUGUAAACAAGUUCCAAGUUGUGGAUAAAAUGAAGAUAUGGUG